AUGAAGGAGAAGAUGGGACGCACCACCGUCUCCGUCCGUUCAACCACCGUAUUCUUCACCACUCUCCUCCUCCUCAUCUCCUCCGUCCAUUCCUUCUACCUUCCCGGCGUUGCUCCUCGCGAUUUCCAAACCGGGGAUGAUCUCUAUGUCAAAGUGAACAAAUUGUCAUCCACAAAGACUCAGCUUCCUUAUGACUACUAUUACUUGAAGUAUUGCAAACCUUCCAAGAUUGUGAACAGUGCAGAAAAUUUGGGAGAGGUUCUUCGAGGUGAUCGCAUUGAAAACUCAAUGUAUACGUUUCAUAUGAGGAAGGAGCAGUCCUGUACAGUUACAUGUCAUCAACCUUUGGAUGCUGAAUCUGCAAAGAAUUUUAAAGAAAAAAUUGAUGAUGAAUAUCGAGUGAACAUGGUUUUGGAUAACCUUCCAGUUGCUGUUCUUAGACAAAGGAGGGAUGGAAGUCAAUCUACAACAUAUGAACACGGUUUUCGUGUUGGGUUCAAAGGAAAAUAUCAAGGGAGCAAGGAGGAGAAAUAUUUUAUCAAUAACCACUUGAGUUUUAGAGUCAUGUAUCACAAGGACCCUGAAACUGGUUCUGCUCGUAUUGUUGGAUUUGAGGUUACACCAAACAGUAUUAAUCAUGAAUACAAGGAGUGGAAUGACAAGAAUCCACAGGUAACAACUUGCAAUAAAGAUACCAAGAAUUUGUUGCAAGGUAGUACUGUGCCACAAGAAGUUGAUACGGACAAAGAUAUAGUUUUCACAUAUGAUGUUUCCUUUAAGGAAAGUGACAUCAAAUGGGCAUCACGGUGGGACACAUAUCUUCUAAUGAAUGAUGAUCAGAUCCACUGGUUCUCCAUCAUUAACUCUCUGAUGAUUGUUCUUUUCCUUUCUGGAAUGGUGGCAAUGAUCAUGAUGAGAACUCUUUACAGAGACAUUGCCAAUUACAACCAGCUAGAAACCCAAGAUGAGGCCCAAGAAGAAACAGGGUGGAAACUUGUUCAUGGAGAUGUUUUCAGGCCCCCAAUCAAUUCAAAUUUGCUUUGUGUUUAUGUUGGUACUGGUGUUCAGAUCUUUGGAAUGACACUUGUGACAAUGAUAUUUGCUUUGCUAGGGUUCUUGUCUCCAUCUAAUCGGGGAGGUCUCAUGACUGCAAUGGUUCUACUAUGGGUUUUUAUGGGUUUAUUUGCUGGCUACUCCUCGGCGCGUUUGUACAAGAUGUUCAAGGGCACAGAGUGGAAGAGGAAUACCUUAAAAACUGCGUUUAUGUUUCCGGGCAUUCUUUUUGCCAUCUUCUUUGUGUUGAAUGCUCUGAUCUGGGGGGAGCAGUCCUCUGGGGCAGUUCCCUUUGGAACAAUGAUUGCUCUAGUAUGCUUAUGGUUUGGUAUAUCGGUACCCUUGGUCUUUGUGGGCAGUUACCUGGGUUUUAAAAAGCCAGCAAUUGAAGACCCUGUUAAGACUAAUAAAAUUCCGAGGCAGGUACCUGAGCAGGCAUGGUACAUGACUCCUGUCUUCUCAAUUCUGAUUGGUGGCAUUCUUCCCUUCGGUGCAGUGUUUAUCGAGCUCUUCUUUAUCCUGACAUCAAUAUGGCUGAACCAGUUCUACUACAUCUUUGGCUUCCUUUUCAUAGUGUUCAUCAUCCUAUUGAUUACGUGUGCAGAGAUUACGGUCGUGCUUUGCUACUUCCAGUUGUGCAGUGAAGACUACAAUUGGUGGUGGAGAUCUUACCUCACUGCCGGGUCAUCAGCCGUUUACCUUUUCCUUUACUCAAUUUUCUACUUCUUUACCAAAUUGGAGAUUACAAAGCUGGUCUCAGGCAUCCUUUACUUUGGGUAUAUGAUUAUUGUUUCAUAUGCCUUCUUUGUUGUGACUGGAACUAUUGGAUUCUACGCAUGCUUUUGGUUUGUCCGCAAGAUCUACUCUUCUGUGAAGAUUGAUUGA